AUGUACCUCGAACAAGCAUACCCCACCCCACUCAGUCAUACAGACCCACCUCAGAGCAGAACAGAGACUUAUAGGAGGGACAGACCUGAAGCCCUGCUCCCAUCACUCAUCAGAGGAAAAGUUGUGUGUGACAUUCAAACAGCUGCCAGGCUGGAGACAAUGCUGUUUGGUCAUCUCUGUGUGCUUCUGAUGCUGUGGGGCUGUGCUCAUGCAGGGGGCUACCCACCUAUAGCCCACAUGAAGUACAUGCAGCCCAUGAUGAAAGGGCCUGUCGGACCUCCAUUUCGAGAGGGAAAAGGACAUUAUGUUGACAUGCCACCUAUGAUAGAAGUCAAAGGGGAGCCAGGCCCCCAAGGAAAGCCAGGACUAAGAGGUCCACCUGGGCCUCCUGGACUGACAGGAAAGCCUGGACUGGGAAAACCUGGAAUCAACGGACCCCAAGGCCCUCCUGGCCCACCCGGGUUUCCGGGGAUUGGAAAGCCUGGUCUGCCUGGUUUGCCUGGAAAACUUGGACCAAAAGGGUUUUCCGGGGAAAAGGGAGAAGUUGGGCCUCGUGUGGUAAACCAGGACUUCCGGGUACUAGAGGUCCUCCUGGAGGAAGAGGUGAACCAGGGCUACAAGGCACCAGCGGAUCGCCGGGUGAACGUGGACUUAAAGGUGAUCAAGGACUGCCUGGAGAUCAAGGAGAACCAGGAGAGCCUGGGGACCCAGGUCCUCAAGGUUUACCUGGGCCUGGGGGUUUGGGAAAACCUGGAAUUGAUGGUUUACCAGGGUUGCCAGGUCCUGUUGGCCCCAAAGGUCCAGCUGGCAUUCCAGGACCUAAAGGGGAAGCAGGAUUUAUUGGCACUCCAGGACCAAGAGGCCAGUCAGGAAUACCUGGUCUUCAAGGGCCUAUGGGUCCGAUGGGGCCACAGGGCAUACCUGGACCCAAGGGUGAAGCUGGACUUCCAGGACCUGUAG